UACAAAACGAUGAAACGACAUUGAGAAUUGACAUUCAGGCAGGAGGCAUUCAGUAACCGAGCACACAACAGUACUGUAGAACACGCCACCAAGCCACCAAUAUCAGCAGCAGUCCACCCGCGCGAAUCCAUUAGCUUGCCGCACGCUCAUGCCGUAGCAGUCGCGCCUCGCCGGAUCUGAUGGUGGUUCGCUGGCCCAUCGCCGCUGUCUCGCUGCCUCGCCACGCCCGCGCCAGGAGAGGGCGCAAUGCCGCCGGCUGUUCCGUGCGUCCGGGCCGGCGUGAUGGGGAGGCGCGGAGGGAGAGGCUUGCCGGGGAAGGGAAGGAGCGGCGCUGCCGACCACGGCCGUCGCCGCCGCGCGUGGGCCUGUGCGGGAGGAACAGAGAGAAGACCGCCGCUCUCGUGGUGUGGGCCGGGCCGAGCAAACGGCCCUCAAGCCCACCUUGUGCCCAAGGCCCGGUACGGCGACGGUUUCGGGUACCUUGAAAUACCCCGCCUUGGCGCCCAACGGCUUUUCCCUCCCCUUUCCUCCUCCUCGCCGGAGCCCCAAGAAAGCAAGAAUCCGCCGUCCCCACCUCCGUCUCGCCCCCCGCCUCCCUCUCCACCGCGCAGCGCCCCUCCGGCGGCGACCGAUGGACCGGUUCCACGACGGGCACCACGUGCGGCUGCGGAGCCGCGUGCUCGGCAAGUACCUCCACGCCGACGACGACGUCCAGGGCGUCUCCCUCCGCGAGCGCCGCGCCUCGCUGAGCCAGGCGUGGACGGUGCACAUCUACAACGGCAACGGCGUGUACCUGCUCCUCUACAGCGCCACCUACGGCCGCUACCUCGCCACCACGGCCACGCGGGCGCCGCGCGGCCACCGCGGCUUCCGCGCCGGGCAGCGCGAAUACGACCAUACGGAGGUGCAGGCCAUCAUGUGGCGGGCCGUCAGGUCCGGCUUCGGGGACGACGUCCUGCUCCGCGACGCCGGCGGCCGCUACCUCCGCGCCAACGGCAAGUACCGCCCCUGGAACACCGGCGUCACCGUCGAGGCCAGCGACAACGUCAGCGCCAUGAUGUACUGGACCGUCGAGCCCAUCCCCGCCAGAGACGGCACGCCUGGCCUUCCAGGCCCGAUUCAGAGCCCCCCUCCGACGAUUUUCUGGCGCGAGCCGGUGAUGUGGCGGCAGAUCCGGUACAUGGUGUCGGAGCCCGACGGCCCCAUCUACACCGAGUACUGCUGGUCCACGUUCCAGUUCAGGGGGAGGUCCGUGUUCCACCUGAGGAACGAGGUGGCCAGGCACACCCGCUUCGUCCUGGAAGGCCGUCAACCCUUCGACCUCGUAAUGUGCGUCCAAGCGGGCCGCCACGGGCGUCUGACCCCGCUCUUCGUCGACCUGCCCCGCGGCGACCUCUUACCGACCUUCUGGAUUGUCGUCUUCCUGUCCGGGACCCCAGCCUACAAUGCGCUGCGACACCCGAAUGUUGACGCAGAGUAGAGCAAGAUCAGAGCAGGAGUCCUGUCAGUUCACCUCUUCUGAAGUUUCGCCACCUCGGACACAAUGACAGAAGAACUGGACGCCUACUUUUGCAUGUAUAUAGAUAUGGCUUCAGAAAACUCAGCAGCCCUCGUGCUUCUUCUGCUAGCUAAACUUGCUCCGAUCUCCUGACAGGACAGGGGGAACCCUUGUCUGUCUGUCUGUUUUGGCUUCGCGUUCCUUUUGGAUGAUGGACGCAUUUUGCAUAAAUGGGAAAUGCAGUGGUUCUUGC